AUGAUACACUCCAAGGACUGGCAAAAACCCCUCGCUAUAUUCGUCUUCCUUUUUCUUUCUCUUUCCUCUUUCGUCAAUGGACAAUCCGACUUAGGUAGCAAGGUUGGAGCCCAGGCUUUUGCAUUCGACCUCGGCGGCGUCGAAUUGGCCCAAGACCGCUUCUUGGAAAACCAGGGCCGUACCCUAAAAUAUUUGAAAGAAAUAGACGUUGACAGACUACUUUAUGUCUUCCGGGCAACACAUGGACUCUCUACACAGCAGGCAACGCCUAACGGUGGCUGGGAUGCUCCGGAUUUCCCCUUCCGUUCGCAUGUCCAGGGCCAUUUCCUCAGUGCCUGGGCUCAGUGCUAUGCUGUGCUCCGCGACCAAACGUGCUAUGAUCGAGCAACCUACUUUGCGGCCGAGCUUGCAAAAUGUCAGGCCAAUAACAAGGCUGUUGGUUUCACGGACGGAUAUGUAUCUGGCUUCCCGGAAUCUGAAUUCGCAAAACUCGAGAACGGCACCCUGACAAACGGCAAUGUUCCGUAUUAUGCUGUGCACAAGACUCUCGUGGGUCUUCUCGAUAUUUGGCGCUUGACAAACGACACCAUCUCUCGAGAUGUCUUACUGUCCCUGGCCAGCUGGGUCGACAAACGCACCGAACCAUUGAGCUACGACGCAAUGCAAAAGUUGCUACAAACGGAAUUCGGCGGUAUGAACGAGGUAAUGGCUGACAUCUACCACCAAACUGGGGACGAGAGAUGGCUUACCGUUGCCCAACGGUUUGAUCAUGCCGUUAUAUUCGAUCCGCUUGCGGCCAACAAAGACGAGCUGGACGGUCUACAUGCGAACACCCAAGUACCAAAAUGGAUUGGGGCCGCUCGGCAAUACAAAGCCACCGGAGAAUCUCGCUACCUCGAUAUUGCCCGCAACGCCUGGGAAAUCAAUGUCAAAUCGCACACAUACGCCAUCGGUGGUAACAGCCAAGCGGAACACUUCCGUGCCCCCAAUGCCAUCGCCGCUUAUCUUACCAAUGACACGUGUGAAGCAUGCAAUUCCUACAACAUGCUCAAGCUGACCCGCGAGCUGUGGCUUCUUGAUUCCGACAACUCGGCAUAUUUCGACUUCUACGAAAACUCCUUACUCAACCAUCUGCUGGGCCAACAGGACCCCCAUGAUCACCAUGGCCACGUCACUUACUUCACCCCUCUGAAUGCUGGAGGUCGCCGCGGUGUCGGUCCCGCCUGGGGUGGCGGUACUUGGAGUACGGACUACGACUCAUUCUGGUGCUGUCAGGGAACGGCGCUGGAAACAAACACCAAGUUGAUGGAUUCGAUCUACUUCUACAACGACUCGACGUUGUUUAUCAAUCUAUUCAUGUCCUCUGUUCUGAAAUGGCCCGAGAUGGGCAUUACCCUGAAACAAUCUACGACUUACCCAGUCGGCGAUACAUCGAAACUGGAAGUCUCUGGUAGUGGCGCCUGGACGAUGAAUAUCCGCAUCCCUGCAUGGGCAUCAAACGCAGAGCUGACGCUGAAUGGAGAAGCUUUAUCUGAUGUUAAAGCUACUCCUGGACAUAUGCUCAAAUCUCGCGCACAUGGGUCGAUGGAGAUGUGGUUGAGAUCCGCCUCCCUAUGA